AUACGACGGACGCGUAUCUCAAAUCACUUACAACCGAUUUGUAGAGUGGCAAGAUAGCACGAGAAAAUUUCAAGCAGCCCUCCGACUAAUUAAAGCAACAGUAUUUCUGUAUGCACCUCUAAGAGUCACAUCGUUAGUCGAAGCACUAGUCAACCCGUCAGCAACAGGAAGAAUAUAUUUAGCAGAUUUUAGUGUAAGUGAACCAAUAAGCCGAACAAGGACACAAGAAUUACAAAAUCAAGUCGCUGAAUAUUUGCAAGACCACUAUACCAACCUGACAACGAGGAAAAAGAGAAAGAACUUUCGCUUUUGGGCUCAAUUGGUACAACUGAAUUACAAGAUAUUAACGAAGAUAGCGAAGACGAGUACGAUACCCUACCAAACUGAGAAAUUCCAGACGAAAUAUUUGGCCACAGAGAAGUCGAAAACGACCAAGACACACCAGAAAACGAAUCAAGACUCGGAUCAAGAAGAGCCAGAACAACAGGAAGAGAAUCAAAUAGAAAAUCAAGAUCCACCUGCAAAUCAAGGCAAUCAUCAAGAAAGUGAUCAAGAAACCCUUGAAGAAAAUCAAGUCGAAGACCAAAAUCAAGGAAAUCCACCAAAUAACCUAGACCCAUCAGACGAAGAGUUAGAAGAAUCAUCCCAAGCAUCAUCAAGAGUAGCAAGCCCAGUACCACCCCAAGACAACGAAGAAGAAAUGGCCACAGUAGCGUACCCAGUAUUUAGCAGCACCAACCCCCGAUUAUGGCUAGCUCAGUUAGAAAAAGCCAUGAAGGCUAAUGGAGUUGCAGACAAUAACAACAACAAGCGAUUAGGAAUUGCAGCUUGUCAUAUGGGACCCUAUCAAGAGUGGAUCGAACUACAACAAAUCACUGAUUGGGAUAAUGAUAAUGCAGGCCAUUUGGGUUUUAAGCAAAGGUUUAUUGCCGAAUUUGCAAAUGAAGAUACUAAGGGAGAAGCUCUCAAAAUUGCAAGCAAAAGAAUGCAGAAGCCUGGAGAACCAGUUGAAGUAUAUAAAGCUGCGCUAGAUAGAAUCUGGCAAGAAUGCAAUCCAGCAGAAAUGACAGACAGAAUGAAGCUCAAGUUAUUUUUAAACGGGCUCAGCCCCACGAUUAGAAUGUCAGUUAAACAGCAAGCGCCCGCAGACAUGGCAGCAGCA